ACACUAUACGGAGGAUGUUUACGAUGUCCAAAUUUCAGUACUAGAGUCAUCGAAAUUCUGGGCGACCAUUUUCCUCGCUUCGGGAAAUACAGAAAAGCUUCAUUCACAUUUUCUCGCUCAGGAGACGAGGAAAAUUGUAAUUAAUAUAGCAAAGUUGAUCGCGGAAAAAUCUAUAACUAUCGGGCUUCUUGAGGAGAUUCUUAAGAUUUUCAUGGAAAAAGAUAAUCUUUUCAUUGAACUGAUCAAUUCUGCUGUCGGAGAUCAAGACGAACUUGUGUUGACCAAUAGUAUUAUUGAUACACUUCAUCACAA